CAAUGGGAGUACCGCUUUGUACGCAGCAACAUCGAAAGGAGAUAACACUCUUAAUAAUCGGACUGGAUAAUGCAGGGAAGACGACGACAACCAAGCACCUCUUGAGAGAGGACCCGGAUGACGUCGUGCCGACUGUAGGGUUCUCCAGAGGGGAGUUUCAGCAUUCGUGUUGCAACGUGACUGUGUACGACUUAGGGGGUGGCAGCAGAAUACGUUCCAUCUGGAAGAACUAUUACAGUCAAGUGCACGGUGUUGUGUUUUGUGUGGACGCUUCUGCGCCAGAAAGGGUUCAGGAAUGCGGAGACGUUUUAGCUCAAGUGCUACAGGAUCCCUACAUCAGCGGAAAGCCACUACUCGUGUUGUUCAAUAAGCAAGACAAGGAAGGCGCUGUGGACGAGGGUGAUCUCUGCGCCAUGCUCAACCUGGAGUCCAUAGUGAAUACUCACAAGUGUCCAACAAAAGUGGAAACAUGCUGUGCGAAGCAUUUUGCCAAUGGUCGAAAGAGGCGAGAUCCGGGCAUCGAGCGUGGGUUCCACUGGUUGCUGGAACACAUCACGACGCAUUACGUGCAGCUGGGAGAGCGAGUUCGUGGUGAGAGGGAAAGGCAAGCUGCUCUAGACGAAGAGGACAGGCAACAACGCUUACAACGAGUACAGAAGGCUCGAGAGGAAAGGGAACGAGCGAAGGGCAUAAUAAACAAAGACACCAUCGAACACAGGGAUGACAGCAAUGGCAACGUCAUUGAAAAGGAAGUCUUGGGCAGUGUACCACAGGAGAUACGUGACCACGAGGCCAUUACGGACGAGGGAUCGGUUGAAGACACAAACGCCGUCAGUACUUGCAGAAAAACAAAUACACCGGACGGAGCGCGAGUAAUCCUUGUUAGCCCAGCGGGAACAUCGAAGGACGAAAAACGAGACAACAGAGAAGCAUCUGCAUCCUCCAGAAGAAGCUGCGGCAUUGCCGACAGUAUGGGGGAACACAGUGGCCCACGGAUGCCUCAAGUCGACCUCUGAGGAUUACAGCUGUCUCGUGUGUCUGGUAUCAUAGUGUCUGUGCGUGGACCUUACGGUUCGUGUUCUGGGGCUUGGGGCUCGAGGUUGUGCAUAGAAGCACAACAGAAGUUCGCCGCUGUCGGCUUUGGAAUUUUAGGACGCUUGAUGGCAAGAACAGAAGACGACGAUGGUUCACGACGUUAUCGUCAGACGUUAUGUUGUGAACCCUCAAAAUAGCUCUUCCUUCCUUCUUUUUUUUUCUUAAUAAAUAUAUCCCCCCCCCCUCAAAAUAGUGAGAAUAUCUGGUGAUCCGGUGAAGGAAACUUGGGAGUGGUGAGUAAACUAGGUGUCUUGGACAAGAAGCAAGGAAAGGGAAAAACAGCGUGCCAAAGCAACUGUUGACCGCCACACGUGAUGGACAUCAAGAUCUCCAGGUCACCAGUUUAAGCAAGCAUAACCCCUACUGCUUUACCUCCAGUAUGACCGGUAUGCAGUCGAUGGUCCCGGUUAAACGAGCUAUGUCGACCAGCUUUGCAGCCGCUGUCGUUUCACUGACGUCUUCUUCGCCUCUGUCGUUUCUUUAGCGCAGGAAAUAAAGCUUUUUCAUCAUCAUCUUUCGUUAACCUGGGC